UUUAUUAUAAAUAUACCGCUAUUCGGUAAAUAUUAUUCAUGGAACUAUACAAGUGCCGAUCGUGCGUUUUGAAUAGAAACGAGGAUUAUUUUUCAACUUCUAUCGUGAUAUACCACUGCCAUCUACGUCAACACUCAAGAACUGGUGUUCCCUAUAUAUACUAUUGCCAACUGGAUUUAUGCACAAAAUUUUUCUCAUCAUACAAAACAUUGAAACGCCACUGCCAACGAUCUCACGCGGACUUGGUGUGCAGUUACAAAGAAUGCAAUGAAGAUCCUGAUAUCCCUGAUAAAUCUAACAUUCAAGAAACGGACUCUGUGGCAGAAAUUCAUGAUGUAUCUGCAACUGGAACUAUCGGUAGUUCGGAUGAAUGGCAGAGAGAUGCAGCAUUAUUCAUUCUACAAAUUCGAGAAGUACACAAUUUGACUGAGCAAGCGACUACCGAUGUUAUAAGAAAAACGGAGCACUACAUGAAGUCUCUGUAUCGACAUAUCAUUGAUCAAGUGAGGCAGAAGUUUCCACCUGACGUAUUCGACAGAUUCAAGCAAGUCGUCGAUGAGGCAGCCGGGCCAAUAAUCAACCAGUUUUCCUCAGUUUCGACGUCUUAUAUGCAAGACAGAUUCCUGGUAAACAAUUUUAAUAUGAUUCUGCCAGAAGCAGUGGUCAUAGGAACGUCAUUGGAUUUCAAAGAAACUCAAAAAGACAGGCGAGUUAUUGACAGGCCCCACAUUAUGCAAUACAUUUCUCUAUAAAAAAAACGCUGAGAAUUCUAUUCCAGGAUGCAUCAUUUUUUGAAAUGUAUGAAUCCUACAAACUGCAGGAUAAUGUCACGGGUAUCUUGACGGACUUCAAAACAGCUAUUGUCUGUCGUCGCCAUAAAACAUUUUCCGCGGAUGUAGGAGCUAUACAAGUUCUUUUAUAUUUCGACGACGUGGAACUCUGC